AUGAAAUUUUGCCAGCGACUCGUCAACGAAUUAUUUACGAAGAAGUGUAAGUCGUUUACUUGGCCAUUUCUCGAGCCGGUGGACGUUGAGGGUUUGAAAUUGGAAGAUUACUAUGAUAUAGUGAAGAAUCCAAUGGAUUUGGGGACGAUUAGGAGGAAGUUAGAUGCCAAGCAAUAUGCCACACCAGAAGAGCUGCGGGCUGAUGUUAUCUUGAUCUGCGAGAACUGCUACAAGUACAAUCCCACAUCAGAUCCUAUCCAUCAGCACGGUCGAGCUCUUCAGAAAUAUUUCGAGGAUAAGUGGCGCCAAAUGCCUGAGGAGCCAUCAGCAAUUGAUGAGGAAACAACGGCUGUGGUAGCAACAUCAAUUCCUGCACCAAUAAGUCACGCACCAGCUCAUGCGGUUACAUCAGCUUCUGCAAUAGUCAAGGAUGAAUCAGUGGUGUCUGGUCUUCCUCUUGUGCCACUGAAUGUUUCCUCAGGUGUUAUCGACAGUGAUGAACAUAUUGAUCUCAUUUUACUUGCUCUGCAAACUGAAACUGCCAAAUGUCAGGAAAAAAUAUCUGAGCUUCAGCGUCAUUCUCAGGAAAUUCUGUCGUUAAGACUGAAACGAAGGGAGGCUCAAGCAAAUCAUCUACCCGUUCCAGUUCUUUCUGCAGCCACCGUAGGCACCUUCAAUCUUUGCAUUGGUGCUACUCCUGUGUCACGUAAAAAACCGGGUCGUCCCGCCAGAACUUAUCAACAGCAAGCCUCUGGAUUACCUACAGGACUGCGUACGAACCACACAGAGAUAUCACCGCAGGAUCGAGUUCUGAAGCAUGAAGUGAAUUCACCUUUGAGUAAAGCUUCUGCUCAACAACGACAAGUCCAAAAUUCAGUACAUGUGUCUAGUCCAAAUGUACGUACAGCGACAACGGUUCCACCUCAGGGAACACCUCAAAAACCUCCUGAACAAAGUGUAUCAGCAUCAGUAGCGCGGAAGCGUGGUCGGCAACCCGGCUCUAAAAACAAGCCAAAAACAGAUGCGGCACAGUCAGGCACGACAGUAUCAGACACUCCAUCGCGGCAGUCUGGAUCCAGAAGGGUGUGUGAAGAUUAUGACUUCGAUUCGGAAGAUGAACGCACUGCAGAGCCAAUGAGUUAUGACGAAAAGAGACAACUUUCUCUGGAUAUCAACAAGCUACCUGGUGAUAAGCUAAGCAGUGUUGUCAGUAUUAUUGAAUCUAGAGAGCAACUUCCGGGUUUUAACCCUGAAGAAAUUGAAAUUGAUUUCGAGACUCUUAAGGCUACUACAUUGCGCGAAUUAGAAGCAUUUGUUGCGGCAUGCUUGAAAAAAAAGCCGAGGAAACCAUAUAGUAUGUUUCAG